UCAGUUUGCUGCAUUGUAUAUAAGUACAUGUACAUAGUAGACCAUGGAUGAAUAAACAGUGUUUUGUUUCAGUAUAUUUUUUCAACAAUGCAACAUAACACAGUUUAUAGCAGUUCCAUGGAUAUGUGUGUUUGUUUAUUGUAUUGUUUGAUCUCAGUGAGAAGUUGAAGUCUUCUUUACAAAUAGGAAUUUUAUAGUGACAUACAUAAAAGACUAUUGAAUAUAUGAUAAUUACUAAACUUUUAUCACCAUGAGGAAAGUUUUUAUAUUCAUAUUGCUUGCAUCAUUUGUGUGUCUGCAACAGUAUGUUGAAUCACGCCCCCAUACUGUCCAUCAAAAUCCAGAAGAAAAUGAGGUAAAUAAACCUACUGACUACGUUUCUAAUCGGCAACGCACCUUUUUAAAGUCAAUACCUGGAUUUCAAGAGUCUCUUGCAGAUAGAAUGAUGAGAGAAAGUAUGUGGGGAUCACACAAGAAAUAUCCCAAAAUUAAAUAUUAUUCAAAUACUCCGAUAUCUGAAAGAAGCAAUCCUGAUGACACCAUAUAUGUGUAUAAUGAUAAAAAUGAACAGAAUUAUUUUUCUCAUGAAGACACACCCCAAUCAGAUGAUCUGAGGAAUUAUAAUACUCACAGAAACCAUGAAGAAAUUCUGGGAAGUAAUGAUAAUACUGAAGGCAAAAAGGCAAUUAAUCAUCCAGAUAAUGGGGUAAAAGGAAUUCUGAAUCAAGUAUCAUCCCCAAUAGUGAUCAAAGAUGACACAAGAAUUAACAAACAUGGCCAUAACUUUCAUUCUUCUGAAAGUGAAAAUGAUAAACUAAGAAGAAUCACAAACCUGAUAGAUGCACACACUGAAGCUUUAAAAGAUAACAUAAAAAGAGAGCUUGGCAUGGAGAAAUUUAUAAAAGAUAUUAACAGCAAAGCAUAUGAUAAUGAUGUGCAUGACACUAAUCAACAUUUACAGAAUUUAGGCCAUGGACAUGAAGAAUCAUCUUCUCAUGAUUAUGGUGAAGGGCAAAGCAAAGCUUCAGACAACAAAGAAACCAAGAGAUGCAACUGCAUAAAUGAAAAUGAUAAACUACAACAUCCAUCACGUACCAUCAGAAUGGAGUUACCAGAGAACUGGAUACCAUCAUUUCUUAAAAAGAAUGAGACUGAGCCUGAUGAUGUACACAAGUAUGAUGGUGUGUUUGGUGGUUUAACUCAUUCAAAUUACAAUGAAGACGUACCACGAAUAAAGCGUGUGUAGUGGAAAUAAACUCCAGGAAAGUUGCAAACAGACAACAGAAUGUUUGGAAGAUAACUGUCUUUUGGGUUGCAGUACCUAAUAGUCUGGUAUAAGUUUACCAAAGUUUCAGAGGUCCUUGCUGCUGUGACUAUUCUCAAAAAUGCAGUAAUGAGUAGCCUUCCCAUAGAGGAUUUGAAGUUCUCAUGGCAGUAAGUGCAAAGAUGGCUGUCUUCUGGGUUGAGGGCUGAUGAUGAAGGCAGCUACAAUCUCUGAAACAGUGAUAAACUUCUACCAGACUACAACCCAGAAGACAGCUAUCUUCAUACUCUCUAUCAUGAGAACCUCAGAUCCUACUUAUGGGAAGGCUACUCAUCACUGAGUUUGGAGAUUCAAAUUGCACAGACAAUGGAGACAGCAACAAUAUCUGAGAUGUUGGUAAACGUCUUUCAAACUACACAGCACUACAUCCAAGAAGACAGUCAUCUUCAUCUUCACCUCCAUGAGAACCUUAAAUCCUAACAGAAGAUUUAUCUGUUUGUGAAAUACAUGGCAAGAGAACACAAAAUGUAUGAUAAAUAAAACUGUAAAUAGUAAUACUGUCUA